GGGUUUCAUCAGGCGCCGUUUUUCUUAAGCCUGCAAAAGGAUGGUGUGCCUGUAAGUCAAUUCCACGAAUUCAAUUUCUUUUGUUAAAAAAAGUUUGCAGUUUUAGGAGAAGGAAACUGAUGUACAGGAAAUACGCGACGAUAUUGAACUGGGCCUGGGAGCGAGAGAGGGGAUGAAAUGAAAGCGCCAGAUCUUCCUUUCCUGCCAAGUGUUGCUAGAAAGCUAAGUCAGCCGGAUAACCGGCUGCGGCCGCUGCCAGGAAGCCCUUGGCGAGGGCGAGCAGCUGCCCGCCUUCCUGCCUUCCUUCCUUCCCUUCCAUGGCGACCUUGUUUGUGUCCGUCUCUUUAUUUAGCAGAGCCCUUUUCCUAGUCUAGAUGCCAGGGCAGAGGUGCCCGGCGCAGCCACCUCUCGCCUGGACCGAGACACCCACACGCACCUCAAGGUCCGGGCAGCCUCCCAGCUCGCCCGGUGACUCAUGCGCUAAUUAGCUUUGGCGGCCGCGGCUACUUCUGCCUCCGCCGGCACCUUUCCACGCCACUCCUCGACUUCUUCGGGGGCCGAAGAGCAGCAAAAGGCUGCAGGCAGCUCAGCCGGUCCUCGGCGCAGGCCAGGCAGCAGACGGGACCGACCGACCGAGCGAGGAGGAGGCGGAGGCGCUUCUCGCGGUUGGGCGAGAGCAAGUAGUUUCCUGGCGUCCUGGCGCAGCAGGGAGAGUUUUGCAGCCGCGGAGCUGCGCUCUGGACCGAGCGAGCGAGCGAGCGAGGAGCGGGCGCCCGGCGUCUUCCGGAGCGAUCCGAGCCAAGGCGACGAGAAGUAGCAACCAGACCGACGCUGCUGGUGGAGUUGUGGUGGCGGGACCCCAGAGAGACGCACGAACUCCCGGAGGUUCACUCUGAAGUGAGUUCUGGAGCACAACUGCUGUAAUCCCUGGAGUAUAGUGCAGCUCAGCCCAUGUGCUCAGAGAAGGUAUUGGCUUGUACUGGUGAGGCAGGUAAAGCAAGUUUGUCUUGGGUGUGUUCCCACAUGAAGGAGAUUGGCAGGUUCCAAAGAAAUCCGACAGCAUCCCAGCAGGAGAGCCCAGUUGUGGCUAUAGACAGCUGUCUUGUUGCUGCCUGCUGCCAAUGAGUCUUUGUUUUUUCCUCCUGCAUGCUGUGCCAUCCUAGAAGCCAUCAAGGAUACUAGGUCAUGCUGAGUGAAUCUGGGUCCUCUGGUCACCCAAUUCUCCAAGAAGUGCUGAUACAAAUAACCUCACAAUCACCUGCUGUGACCUCUGCUCAACCAUGGAGAACCCAGAGGUUGAGUCAGACUUUCUCCGAAGUGUGCAUGCCCUUCUUCGGGAACUUGAUGGCCACCAUCCAGCCUUCCAGAGUGAGAGAGGGAUGCUGCGAUGGACCUUGCACAAGAAAAUUGACAGGAAUCCCAGCAAUGGAGCCCUCUUGAUCAAAAUUUUGGUGAAAGAACUGGAAAGGGCAGAAAGAUGCAGCUAUCGGCAAUACAUCAUCCCCUUGCUCCACACGCUGAUGUACACAUUGAUAAAGACACCUUGCAUUCCUGAUGAUCUGUAUGAGAGAGUAUAUGAUUUCUGCAAGAAGUUACUCACUCUGCCCAAACCUUACUGCACCAUUGGCCUGGAUUAUGCUCGACAGCUGAAACUGGAACGGACAAUACCAGGAGUAUUAUAUCAAAGAAUGGUCUCUGCAGAGCAAAGUCUCAAGAAUGACUCAUUUCCUUAUCAGGAAAAGGUUUUCAUGUUUGCAGAUCCAGAUCUGCUCUCUGAGGCUGUAUGCCAGGCGCUCAUUGAUGAAAUCAAGGCUGCUCAGAUGUCCCAGUGUGUGAAGUCCUGCAUGCUCUGUGUGAUAGAACAUGCCUUCCAAGCAGUGCUGAAGGAACACUGUGAUGUUAGGAACUUGCACAGCAUUCUGCAGGCAAAGCCCCUACAUGUGACUGAGCACUGUUUUCAACAAGUAAUGGCAGCUACUGAACAUGCAGGAAGAGAUAUGAGUAUAGAAUAUAGUCAGUAUGUUGAAGAAUUGGGAAAAAUCUACAGCGCAUUGCUGAGCACUUCAGAUAAAGGUGUGGAGAAGACUGCAAUAGACAAAGAUUCAGGUAUCCCUCUACCCAACCCUAACAUCAGCUUUCACUUGUGGAGAGAUGAAGACCAGCUUUGGAAGGAGCUGGUGAUGUUCCUCCGUUCACCGAGUCAGUCCUGUGAACAGGAUACCCUGAGUCCAGAACUGGAUAGCUUUGAGUUUCAAGAUAUAGUGCCAGACUUCGACUGCUGCGAGCAAACUCGUUUCUCUGUGCUCUCCACUGACAGUGGAAUUGAGCGAGACCUGCCUGCUCCAGGUGAUGAAAUUCUGUCUUCCUGCACUGCUGAGGCUGAGCACUCCCGGCUUCAGAGGAAGGGUUGCAUGAAGAAGAAGGGGUCUUCUCUGGAUAGCCUAGCUUUCCUACAGAGUGGCUCCAAUGGGCAAGGUGCAAAGCCUUCUGGGAAACUGCACCGGAAAUCUGGGGGUAGUAUCAUUGAACCUAUGGCUCAGAUGAAAAGACUACACACAGCUCGUGUCUUGGUUCUGGGUGAUGACAGGGUUCUGGGGCGCCUAACCCAGGCCUAUUACUCCUUGAGGAAGCGGGAAAGUAGGCGUGCAUUUCUUACACCAAGGCUAAAAGUGCAAUUUUACUAUGUGCCUGUUGCGGAGGAACAAUCUACAUUAUACCCUAAUGAGGAAUGUGCUCUGCCUAACCAGACAGAGCCCUGUGAGUUGGCUGCUUACCUUGGAAGAGCUGAUCCAUGGUAUGAGAGCAACAUUAACACCCUCUGUCACAUGAUUCCGAAGCUGGCCACCAUGCCGUCUUCCCCAAGCAAAGCAGCUGUCUCUGAACUGUUCAUCAUUGAUGUGAUUGCAUACUAUGUGCGUCUGGGCUUACAGCCAGUCUUCUUCCAAGUGUAUGCAGUGAAGCUUUUCUUCAGUAAUCCCACUUGGGAACCAAGUGAGGACAUUUUCCUGACUGAACUGCAUCUAAUGCUUGAAGAAUUCAACUGUUCCAGAGACAGUGUACCAAUGAAAAAGAAACCAGUAACAGAGGUUCCUGGUGCAGACCUUAUACUCGUGUAUAAAAAGGUUUUGCUCAGUAACCGUGAGAAGGAGGAGACACUUUCUUUGCGAUCCACAGGCCUGGUUAUGAAAGCUAUUCCCUCAAAUGAGACUGAAGAUCUGGUGUGCUUGAGUGUGAAUACGGCUGAAGUUGUAAAAACAUCCAACCUCUCAGGACGAUCAUAUUCUUUAGUGCCAAACACUAUUCGAACACGCAACAUCAGAAUUCGAAGUACAGAACAAAGGACCUUCACUGUAUGCCUAGACAAGGACUCCAGACGAAUCUACAAGAAUGUGAACAGUAUUGAAGUAUUUCCAUGCCUAGAACCUAGCUACUGCUUACAAAAGACAAGAACCAGAAGGGCCUGUUUGCAGGAAGAGGAAGAUGUUGGACUGGCCAAAUACUUACCUAAGUCUUUAUUGCUUCCCAUCAAUACUUUUGCAGGCAUUGUUCAGUGAAAAAGCUGAUAAUCACAGCUGUUAAAUCUUGUGUCGAGUUUCAGUAGGGAAUAUCCCAGUGAUUGGGUCCCAGCAUGAAGUGCUCCAGGGAAAAAGCAAAAAGCAAGGGAACAUGACCAGAAUAACAGCUCAGGUCUGCAGCAGGAGAUGAAGCCCAGCCUAAUAUAGACAAGUGUGCUUCUGUAAUAGUGGUGGAUAAACUGGGGUGCAGGUACAAAAUGAAACGAAGUAUGAGCAUUUCAGACUUUGGUGCUAUUUCCUAGGAAGGUAUUUUUUUCUUCUUCUAGCAGUCAAAGAAAGGAUAAUCAUUUUGUUUCACAUGUGCACAACAGUGAAAUGGAAACAACUAACGCUAAAUAAAUUUUCCUUAAAAUAACCCCUCGGGAACCCUGGUCAUGAUCGCAACUCUGUUGAGUCAAGCAUUGCCCAACAAUGGUAAAGAUAUGUUUAUUCUGUGGAACUACCACAGACUGGUAAGCAACUGUUCUGAAUUUACGGAUUUAGAGUUAAUGAACUGGUAAUGCUGUACAUAGUUGUGCAUUAAUUCCUAUAAUAUGCUACCCAUCAAGGGAAUUGGGGAAAAAAUGCUUGGGACUUUAGAGAAGUGUAUGAACAGUGUUUGACAUAUCAGUGGUGGUGACUGCAUGAAAUAGCACAACAUAUAUCUCAUAGACAGAACAAAAUCAUGUGUGGAUAGAGAUCAAGCAUUUUUCUAUGAAAACUGGACACUUUACUUUCUUGUAGAGUAUUUUCACCAUAAAGGCAAGCACAGGUGAUCAACCUCCAGCACUGAUUGAAUGGAUGAAGGAAUUUUUGGUGCUCCUGCACAGGAGCAGGAAGGUUAGUGGGCUUUGCUGUGGCACAGUCAAGCCCAUGCUUCUGCCUGCCUCCAGUGUUAUUUAUUUAUUUAUUAAAUAUUUCUGCGUUGCCGUUUGGCAAUUCCCCAGCUUACAAAUAAAUUAAAACAAAAGACAAUAUAAGUAGUAAAACAAAAACAGAGCUAAAAACCAGAACCAGGUGUUAAAACAUACAACUGGAAGAGAGAACAACAAAUAAAAUCACUGUUCUUGAAGAUGUCAUGAAGCUUUGUCUUCUUGCUGCUGCAGUCUGCUCUUCUAAUAUUUAUCACAAAUGGCUCCCUAAUCAUACCUGAGGAUUUAUCCAGUGCUCUGCAAGCUAUAUCCCAAUGUUUCAAGAAUAGCACACAUUACACAAGCACACACUGGGAAGUUCUUAUAUAGCAGGGCAUAGCUGAUUUAGAUGGAUAAAUGCAAAGUCAGAAUGUAAAUGUAAUAUCCCAUCCAAAUCACCCAGAUAAAUUCUUCAAUUAAUUUAUACCCCACCCCAAAUCAGUUCUUCAGUUCAUUUGAAAAAAAUGGAAAUGGACUGCCUUCAAGUCGAUUCCGACUAGGGUUGCCAGGUUCAGGGCCUGAGACUGACCCUGUAUCGUUAGGAGAAGAAAAAGUCAGUCAAGUGCAGGUGUUCUUGCAACCCUCUAAUGCAGUCUUUCCCAACCAGUGUGCCUCCAGAUGUUGUUGGACCACAAUUCCCAUCUUUCCUGACCAUUGGCAAUGCUGGCUGAGGCUGAUGGGAGUUGUGGUCCAACAACAUCUGGAGGCACACUGAUUGAAAAAGGCUGCUGUAAUGAGAAAAACCACAAGGUGGAAUUCUCCCUUCCUCCUGCUCAACUUUUAAAGAUACUGAAGACCUCUUGGUUGCAGCCUCCACUAAUUCCGACUUAUGGUAGCCCUACAAAUAGGGUUUUCAUGGUAAGCAGUAUGCAGAGGUGGUUUACCAUUGCCUUCCUCUGAGGCAAUGACUGGCCCAAGGUCACCAGUGAACUUCAUGGCUAUGUGGGGAUUCAAACCCUAGUCUUCCAUGUCAUAGUCCAACAUUCUAACCACUGUGCCACACUGACUCCCUCUGUUCAUUUACCCCCCGUUAAUUUCUCAACAUAUCUUGCACCAGAUCAACUCCCCUUCAUUUACUCUCAUUGAUUACCCCCUUCCUCACAAUAAUCUCUGGAUAAAGACAUCUUAAGUUCCCACAAAUUAACAUCCAACCAGUAAGCCAGAUCAUUCCCCAAUUUAAUUUUGCUUGAAUUCAUUACCCACCGAGAAAGCACUUAGAAAAAAAUGUGGGGUUUGUGGUUUGUGAGCUGACCCCUAGCAAUGCUGCUGGUUCUCAGCACAAACAGUAUUGUAUUUCUACUUCAGUUGCACCAUGUCUGAAUGUUAGUAAUUUACAAGCAAGGCCAUGAGGUUUAUUGCAAGGGUGGGGGGCACUAAGAGUAGACAUAAGCUGGAAUGUGGAAAGAGGAACAAAUUUCCUACUGAGGAAAAAAUAAUAAAAAUAUAGAUAAAACAUCUGAUGGAGCCACAGAUAGUAUGCUCCUGAUACUCCCAUAGGUUGCUAUGUAGGAUAGUGACUUCUAAAAAGAAAGUUUUCAACACGUCUGCGGUCUUAAGCUUUUUUAAAAAAAUUGGUUCUCAAAGCAUGCUGCUGUGGCUAGAUGUAACAUACCAGAAGAUUAAAUUAUUGAUUGCUUUUAACUCAGUAAUGGAUAUAUCUGUAUUAAAUAAACAUGUAUAUUAUGUAAAUUAAUUAUAAAUUAUUUGUACAGGUGUAAUACAGGUUAUAUAUUCAAAAGAGGAAUCCUUUAAUUUCAUUAAAUAAUUUCGAAAGAUG